AUGAUUGUCGUUCUUAUCCUAAUAACUAUUAUUAGUGUUACAAUAUGGGCUGUUUUCAUUAAAAAAGCCAAAACAACAAAUAAUACAACGCCGACUAAUUCUUACACAACAACAAUGAAUAAACCAAAACUCAAAAAAUGGAAACAAAAUGCCAUCACUGUAGCUGGUGGAAAUGGAGGAGGACAACAAUUAAAUCAAUUAAAGCACCCUCGUGGAAUCUUUAUUGACAAGAAGAAAAAUAUUUUCGUUGCUGAUCAAUAUAAUCAUCGCAUUGUUGAAUGGAAAUAUAAUGCAAAAGAAGGACACAUCAUUGCAGGUGGAAAUGGUAACGGAAGUCAAAUGAAUCAAUUAAAUGAGCCGACAGAUGUGAUCGUUGAUCAACAAACCCAUUCGAUUAUCAUUGCUGAUAAGGGGAACAGACGAGUUAUUCAAUGGUUUAAUCAAAAUCAACAAAUUCUAAUUGAGAAUAUUGACUGUUAUGGCUUGGCAAUGGAUAAAAAUGGAUAUCUUUAUGUUUCUGAUUGCAAGAAAAGUAAGGUGAGACGGUGGAAAAUGGGAGAAUACAACAACGAAGGAAUUGUAGUGGCAGGUGGAAAUGGAAAAGGAAAUGAACUCAAUCAACUUGUUUAUCCUACUUAUAUCUUUGUUGAUGGAUAUCAAUCUGUUUAUGUAUCAGAUAUGAGCAAUCAUCGUGUGAUGAAAUGGAGUAAAGAUGCAAAAGAAGGAAAAGUUGUGGCAGGCGGAAAUUGUGAAGGAACACAUCUCAAUCAAGUGUCUUAUCCUGCAGGAGUUACUGUUGAUGAUUUGGGUCAGAUCUAUGUAGCAGAUAAUUCGCAGAAUCGAGUAAUGCGUUGGUACGAAGGAAAAGAAGAAGGUGAAAUUGUUGUUGCCGGAAAUCGCCAGACAAUUCAACCAGAUCAUUUGUCUGGACCUUGUGGUUUAUCUUUUGAUGAUGAAGGAAAUCUUUAUGUUGCUGAUUUUCAUAACCAUCGAAUUGAAAAAUAUGAAAUAAUUUUGUAA